UAGCGUUGGCGCCGUCGCUGUCCUGGGUGCAGAGCGUGGGAAGCCUCUGUUUGGUGCUCUGUUGCGGGACUUUCUCACAGCGGGCACCUAGGGCAGUUCGGAAACGCGGUUUCCUCGUAGGCCAUCUCACCAUGCGACGCCUGGGCUCCGUGCAGCGGAAAAUGUCGUGUGCGUUUGUGACGGAGGUGAAGGACGAGCCUUCCGCGAAGAGGGAGCGCCAGCCAUUUAAAGUUUUGGCAACUGAAACUAUAAGUCACAAGGCAUUAGAUGCAGAUAUAUACAGUGCAAUUCCAACAGAAAAAGUGGAUGGAACAUGUUGUUAUAUUACUACCUACAAAGAUAAGCCAUACCUUUGGGCUCGACUAGAUAGAAAACCCAACAAACAAGCUGACAAAAGAUUUAAAAAUUUUCUGCAUUCAAAAGAGAAGUCAAAAGAAUUUCUUUGGAAUGUUGAGGAGGAUUUCAAACCUGUUCCAGAGUGCUGGAUACCAGCAAAGGAAAUAGAACAACUGAAUGGGAAUCUGGUGCCUGAUGAAAAUGGACACAUUCCUGGUUGGGUACCAGUAGAGAAAAAUAGCAAACAGUAUUGCUGGCAUUCCUCUGUGGUUAAUUAUGAAUUUGAAAUUGCCUUGGUAUUAAAGCAUCAUCCUGAUGAUUCUGAACUUUUGGAAAUUAGUGCAGUGCCACUAUCAGAUCUCUUAGAACAAACACUAGAACUUAUAGGUACAAAUAUCAAUGGAAACCCAUACGGAUUAGGAAACAAGAAACAUCCAUUACAUUUUCUUAUACCACAUGGAGCAUUUCAAAUAAGAAAUCUGCCUACAUUGAAACACAGUGAACUGCUGUCCUGGUUUGAAGGCUGCACAGAGGGUAAAAUUGAAGGAAUUGUAUGGCAUUGCAAUAAUGGCUAUUUAAUUAAGGUCCAUCGCCAUCAUCUUGGUUUAUGCUGGCCAAUUCCAGAGACUUAUUUGAAUUCAAAACCAGUUAUUGUCAACAUGAACCUGAACAAGUAUGACUGUGCCUUUGAUACUAACAGUUUGUUUAAUCAGCUUUCAAAAAUUGACAAGCAGAUAUUUGGUAGGCUCAAAGAUAUAAUACUUGACAUAUAAAAUGUAAAUGCAAUUAAAAGUAACUUUAUAUUCAAAUCUUGAAUAUUCUGCCAUGUUUACAAAGGUAAAAAUAUCUCAAGGUUCUGUGUAACUCUGUGCAACAUAUCAGUAUGUCUUCUAGCAUUUGAAGAAAUGAAUUUUCCAGUUAGAAGUACCUAUUCAAAUUUUAAUUUAGAAUGAAUAAAUUUAUUUUAAUCUUUAUAAAGAAAAAUGUAAUGAACAUUAAGCUUUCAAGUUGUACAAGGGCUUAACCUCAUAACUUAAUGUGUAUACACAUCAAUACAUCUACACAGAUCAUAGUUAGCAUUUGAGAAUCUUAACAUGUACAUGAAUAAUUAAGUAUAAAUAAAACUCCAAUUUUAAUUGUUAAAAUU